AUUCUUUAGGUACAACAGCUUAGAGCUUGAAGUACAAAAAUAUAUUGCUGCUGUCAGCCUUAGCCUAUACAGUAUCUUUUUAUUUUUUUCUAUAUAUAUACACAGAAGAGAAGAGCUAAAGAGAGAGAAAAGCGCGCGUCUAGAGAGAGAAAGUGAGAGAGACGCUUGGUGACUCUACCAGUCUCUUGUGGCUGAUACUAUAUCUGCUUGAAGGGGUUUUGAAUCCCUACUGAUGCUUUCAGAUCAAGAUUGUGCUAGACAUCCCAAGUACGAAUCAAAUGCCAUCACUAAGAAUGAAGACAAAGCUAGCCACAUCCAGUUCGAAAGAAAAAAAUGGUCUCCAUGUCUGUCCAAAUUCUAGUGUCAUAUCCAAGAGUUCUCUCUCUCGAACCAGAAGUGUGCAGAAUGCAGACGAAGUUGCAGAUCUGAUUCAUAAUACUCAUGAUGUUCCUAGCUACUACAAAGUCCAUCCACACCAAGUCGGAAGAAAUGGUGAUCAUGCUAAUGAUUUGGUAGAUGACCUGCUUGAAAAGCAACAGCCACCUGUUACUGAUUCUGCAAACCUUGAUACAACGGUUUUGGAAUCGGUGCAGGAGUCUACAGUAGUUAUCUGCAAACCAAGUUCAGGGACAAUCUUUUCACCUAGUGUGGAGCCUGUUAGUGGUGCGCACAGUGAGUCUGAUAUACCAAGUGAUGGAGCAAGCAAUGAUUUUUAUGUACCCCAAUUGGAGACUGAAGAUAGUGAUAGCAGCAGAAGUUCGUGUGAACAUCAGACGUGCAAUGUUUCAGAUUUCUACAUCUCCGAUAUGAUUGUUUCUUGUUUGGCCGUCGAGGGUGAAACCAUCUAUGAUGACAGUUUGACUGACAGAUUCUUGGCUGAUUACAAGUGUGAAGAACCAAAUAUUUUUAAUAAUGUUGAUGAGGAAUACUUGCUGUUGCCUUUCCUUGAAGACACUGCAGCAGCUAGCUAUAGUCAAGAGUGCAGAACGUCUAGUGAAGAAACUGCUGUUCAGUCGGAUGAUUCGAGCUUAUACAUGGCAAUUCACCAGCUUAGAUCAUCUGAACAAUCUGAUGCUUUCACAUAUUUAGAAUCUGAUCAAGCAGAAUGCUUUGACCCACAUAUUUUCAUAAGAAAUUUGCCAGACAUAUUAGAGAGGCCAAAUAUUUUGCCAAACGAAUCAGAAACAUGCAAACCGAUCACCCUAGUACUUGACCUAGAUGAAACACUUGUUCAUUCUACACUGGAGCACUGUGACGAUGCAGACUUCACAUUUCCUGUUUUCUUCAGCAUGAAAGAACACAUUGUCUAUGUGAAACAGCGGCCUCACCUCCGGACAUUCUUGGAGAGAGUUGCAGAGAUGUUUGACAUUGUAAUUUUUACUGCUAGUCAGAGCAUAUAUGCGAAGCAACUGUUGGAUAUUCUGGAUCCAGAUGGAAAGAUUAUCUCAAGGCGAGCAUAUCGUGAAUCAUGCAUCUUCUCUGAUGGAAGUUAUACAAAGGAUUUAACGGUAUUAGGUGUUGAUCUGGCAAAAGUUGUAAUCGUAGAUAAUUCCCCACAGGUUUUCAGAUUGCAAGUGAAUAAUGGGAUUCCUAUUAAGAGUUGGUUUGAUGAUCCUUCAGACUCUGCACUAAUUUCUUUACUUCCAUUCCUAGAGACACUGGCUGAUGCUGAUGAUGUCCGACCUAUUAUUGCUAAGAAAUUCGGUAACAAGGAAUAAGAGGCCCUUGUUUCUUCCUAGUAGUUCCUCUAACACCUCCUCUCUUCUCAUUUAAACAAAUUUAUCCUUCAUUUACAUGCUCAUUGUUCUAUCCUCAUUGAGCCUUGAUAUAAUUGGGGUGUGCAAUAAAAAUACUAGUCCUUUUCUGGUUGAGUCAGUUUUUUUGUGCGCAGUCCUUUUCUUGUUUCCACCAUGUUGACAACUUUCUUCAGUCCAUUGCUUACUAAUUUGUUUCAAAUAUAGUUGCAAGAAGUUCUCCUUGUGUGCACUGUACAGUUAUAUUUGCCUAGUUAUUUACAAGCUUGUGUAUAUGGAUUGAUCUAUUGUGAAAUAAAUCGUGAUUUCAUGUUUCAUUAUCAUAGCAUAAAGCUGUCCGUUGGACUAAAUUAUACCUGUUCAUUGUAUAGCCUUUGCACAAUCUAGUGUACUUAUCAAUUUUGCAGUAACAUAAGUUCCCAAUCAAAGGCUAAUUGGCCAAAAACAUCAGGGUUGGCUGUCGAAAUAGGUUUAGAAGAUAUUUGGAUCAUCAUUAGAUGAUUCUUUGAAGACCACCAACUUUUAGAAGUAAAAAAUAAAAUAGCAUGGACAUGCAAGCACUUGCUUGUUUCUUCAUGUAGACUUGUACUGGCUGUUCUGAUCUCCUUCUAUUUCAGAACGCUACCUGUUAUAGGUGCUAAACAUAGUCGAAAAUCCGUCAAACUCACCUCAAAGCCUAAGUAUAAAAACUUAGGUCCGGAGGAUACUACCUAAUCAUUUUGCUUAUUGAUGAAUUCGACUAGUAAGAUUGACUGCCUACUAUUUAUCAGGAAAUGAGAACAGUUGUCUGAAGUUAUAGUCAUUAAGUUAAGAAAUUGAUCAGUUAAAAUGUCAAAGAGGUUCUUGCUAACAUUUCACCGAGAGAAUUGAUUGCUUCGGAGUUGAAACUUGAAAGUAAUAAGCUAAUAAUAGUAUAGUUCCACCACUUAUUUACAACAGGGAAACCAUUUUUAGUGAUUCAUACUACUAAGGGCUAAUUAGAGAUGUAUCACCAGAAUGCUUUGAAUAGUGGUAGAUUGCCUUUCUUGGUGUCUGAUACUGCUGAAAAGAUUGGAGUGACGACUAACUGUAAAUUGUACCAGAGUAGAGACUAGAUAUAUGUGCAAGGGUCGUGGAAUUUCCGUUCUCUAUCAAGUUGAACUUUUUUAGCUCUACUUCAACUCUUUCUCUAUAAUUUCUUCUUGCACGGUGUAAUAACUGUCAGUCUUUGACUGGAAAAUCCCUCUGCUUUGAAAAAUCCCAAACAAAACUAAAAGAAAAAAAGGAAAAGAACGCUCAAGGUGAUACCUUAUAAAAAAAAAGUAAACUCUAGGGGAUAAAAGUAAGAAUAACUGACCUAUAUAAUCUUCUUAUUAUAGUGAAAUUGAAAUCUACAGACAUUCUGUUUAAGUUUACUUUACCUUCCAUUUUAUGAACUCUCUCAUUUUACAUGCUUGGUUAACAAUUCCUCGUGAUUUGAACUUCAUGCUGUUGCUUAUUCCUUUGGUUUUGAUUUCAUGUUAGUGAAUCUCGUAAGCUAUGCUUCUGCAUUUGUUUGCUUAAUAUUUAAAAAAAACGAAGAAUAAUGCUUUUCAAGGAUCUUCAGUUAUUGCUAGUUCAAAAAAUAAGUUCAUACAACUGUUUUCAUACUUGAUAUGAUGAAUACCUAGAAUAUUCUAGAGAGCCUUCUUUUUGAGUGGAUUAUUUUGGUGAGGUAAUGUCUUGCCCGUGCGAUUCAUGUUAUUUCAGAUAGUUUUGAAGAAUAGUAAUGUUGGCAUUUCUACAACAGUUUAUAAGUUUGAAUUGUGUCAAUCUGCUGAUAUAGUUGACAGAUCAUUGCUACUGAGCGUACACUAUAUCAUUCUUUUGGAUUAAUAGCUGAGCUAAAGUACUUGAUCAUUGGUGAUUAGCCUUUUGCUAAAGUUAGAAUUUUAUGUAGAUUUAGGUCAUUAGACUUCAAUGAGGAUGACACUUUCUGCCUGCUUGGUAGCUCAAUCUGUACAUACUAGUAGUUUUUGGGUGCAAAGGAAUAUUGUGCAAAAGGACUGCAGUUUGACUAGGAGGUACGGAGUUUACGAUUUUAUGCAUGACCGGAUAUUAUGAUUAAUCUGUAGUCCUUCCCUGGGAUGUGAGUCAAUAUGGCAAGUUUGGGAUAGUAACCAUGGCUGGAAUCUUUAGGAUGGAAUAUGAAUUAGCCUUGUGAAAACAUGUCAGAUGAUGGAGUGCAUCAUUGUGGGGGUCAGUGUGGGGGUCAGUGUGUAGUUCCGAGAAUUUGUUUGUUAGGUAUAUAAUUGCAGGAUGUUCCUUGGUAUACCUGCUUCCCAUCCUUCUAGUAUUCUCGCCCAUUCGGAUCAUGAUAUUAUGGACUUGCUUUUCGAUCAAAAUGAUUUCAUAACCACAAAAAAAAAAGCCUCUUUCCUUUGAACAUGAUGCUUGAUAUUGACAUGAGGGUUCUAUUUCCCGAUAUUGAAUAGUUUAGGCAAUUAAAUUCUGCAAGAAUGGGUGUUUUCUAGGUGGUGACAAGGUGGUAGGGGAAGCUGCAAACACUAGAUGAUGUCUAAUGGUGAUGUAGAGGUUGGGACUAGACUACCAAUUGGAUGUUUCCCAGUCGAACCCUCUGUGCGGAUACUGAGAAGUUUGCAUGAUUUGGGUAGCUCAUGGUCCAGCUUACCAUUAUAUUUUUUUCAUUGAUAUCUGUGCUUGUAAAAUUUCAUUACCCUUUCCAAUCUGAAUCUGUUAUCUGCAGGUCAUAUGGAGAUAACUAGUGUUUUGGCCACGAAGUGGACUAAUCUUAGGUAUGCAGUAUUGAUUUGUUUAAUGUUUUCUCAGGGUCACGACAGAAACUAACUACCUUUUGUUUUAUUUUGUCGAGACAAACUAACUACUGCUGACAAUAUCAGGUUUUCAUUUCCAAAAUCAGGUUGUUUUCUCUUAUUAUUUUUUUCCCUUCAUCAUUGAAGUGUCAGGAUGACUCAAAACUGUGCAAGGUAUUUUCUUAGGGCAGGAUCUGUAAUAAGAGAUGUCAUAUCUUAUCCCUUUCUGUAUAGCAUAUCACUGCAGCAUAGAUCAACUAGCAUUGCCCUCGUUUUUGUUUGUCAUUUCUUUGAUGCUCUUUUAACUUCGCGGCAUGAAUAGUAUUUGUUCAACGGUUCAACCAAGGAAAAACUGUAAAUGAGUGCCUUUUCUUUUUUCCCUUUUCUUCCUUUUUUUAAACGAGAAAAGUGUAUAAACAAAAAUCUAUUUCUUCCCUUUAUAUGUAGAGGAUUUUUGAGUUUUUCCGCA